GGUAUAAAAUGGCCUACGUCUGACGUUUCACGUCAUGGAGACACGUGACGUUGGUGCUCGUUGAAAUCCUCGGUACAUUUCCUCCUUCCUCGACGAAUUUUCGCGAUUAUAUAUUAGUGCCUAGUGCAGCGUCUGACAUGAUCUCGCGAUGGUCGCGAACGGAGUUCUAUCUUCAUUUUUAGUGCUUGGGGUCCUAUUUCUGAUGGUUCUCACGGGGGUCGUGGCUCCCGGCGGGAAGAACGGACAGGCGGACAGGCCGUCAUCGAGCUCAUCGCGAGGAUGGUCCAACGUCGGCGUCUCGACGGACGAAGAACGGAAAUCCCCUGUCAGCUGUUUCGCGGGUCUCUUCGUCCAGAAGAAGAGCCCGAACGAGUCGACAAGCCACAACGGGAACGGUUCCUCGAGUCACAACAGGAACGGCUCGAACGGCAAGAGCAAAAAGAACGGCCGGAAACUCAGCUUCAGUAACUCCAAGAAGAAGUUCGAGAGCACAUACAGUGGCGGCGAUAUUUUGAACCCGUCUUCGCCGAACAGCAUGCCCUCUCAUCGAGACCCCUACACUGGCCUCCUCAAAGACUGAACGUCCCCGUCCGAUCCAAUUUUUAUAUUUCCCUAGUAUUCCGAGACGUAAAUAAAUUUUCAGUCGGAUCAUAA